AAGAGACGGGGGGCUAGUUUGACAUAUGGGGAUUAUACCUGCUAUAAUGUUGAGCAAGUACAGUAUACAGAUUUACCAUCCACGCUUUUGUGGUUCAGGAAGUAACGGGCUAGAGUGAAACAGAACUUUCUCCAACAAAAGAGGAGAACGAGCAACAACGUCAAUUACUGGACGCUGUUUUCAAGAAGCCUCGAGUUGGGUUACACAGAGCAGACGUCUUCCCCCUGAGCAGCAGGAGUGGAACUCCAGUAUGGAGCACAUUAAAGAAGAAGAAGAGGAGGAUGUGCAUCCACAACCCCUCAACAUUAAAGAGGAAGAGGGGGAAUCGCAGCCCCCCCACGUUAAAGAGGAAAAGGAGGAGUCGCAGCUCCCCUUCAUUAAAGAGGAGCAGGAAGAUCACAGCAUCAGUCAGGAGGGAGAGCAUCUUGAAGGACUGGAGGAGUUCUCAGUGAUUGGCGUCUCUGUGAAGAGUGAAGAUGAUGAAGGUGAAAGUGAGGAGGAGAGAGAGGUGGAGCCUCCAAGCAGCAGCUCAACUCAACACAUGACAACAGAAGCUGAUGGAGACCACUGUGGAGGAUCACAAGCACACAACCUCUUAGCUCCACUAUCAGAUAGUGACGACACAACGUCACACUCUCCUGACACUGAUGACGAAGACUUCGAAGCUGACAUGACAUGUCACACUGACAACACACACUGGAAAUGCUCACAUUGUGACAAAACUUUGGCUAGCAAGGGAAAUCUGAAAAUGCACAUGAGAUAUCACUCAGGUGAGAAACCUUUCGCCUGCUCGGUUUGCGGGAAAAGGUUCGUUGCUAAGUCAUUUUUGAAAUCACACAUAGUCAUGCACACUGGAGAGAAACCUUUUCCUUGCACGGUGUGCGGUAAAAGAUUCUCUCGGCAGUAUUAUUUGAAACUUCACACAAGUGUACACACUGGACAGAAACCUUUUCCUUGCUCGGUGUGUGGCAAAAAAUUUGUUCAACAAAGUAAUUUAAAAACACACACGAGAAUACACACUGGAGAGAAACCUUUUUCUUGCACGGUGUGUGGUAAAAGAUUUGUUCAACAAGGUAAUUUAAAAACACACAUGAGAAUACACACUGGAGAGAAAACUUUUCCUUGCACGGUGUGUGGUAAAAGAUUCUCUCGGCGGUCAAAAUUGAACGUACACACAAGAAUACACACUGGGGAGAAACCUUUUCUUUGCACGUUGUGCGGUAAAAGAUUCAAUGAAAAAGGUGGUUUAAAAAAACACACAAGAGUACACGCUGGAGAGAAACCAUUUCCUUGCGCUGUGUGCGGUAAAACGUUUUCCCAGCAGUCGCAUUUGAAAGUUCACACUAGAGUACACACUGGAGAGAAACCUUUCCCUUGCAUGGUGUGUGGUAAAAGAUUUGAUAAUCAAAGUGCUUUAAAAAAACACACAACAAUACACACCGGAGAGAAACCUAUUCCUUGCAUGAUGUGUGGUAAAAGAUUCGAUAAUCAAAGUACUUUAAAAAAGCACACAAGAAUACACACUGGAGAAAAACCAUUUGCUUGCACGGUGUGUGGUAAAACGUUCACUCAGGAGUCACAAGUGAAAGAACACACAAGAAUACACACUGGAGAGAAACCUUUUUCCUGUGCGGUUUGUGGUAAAAGAUUCUCUAAGAAGAUAUCCUUGAUAGGACACACAAGAACACACACGUGAGAAAAAACCUUUACUUGUUCAGUGUGUGGUCAGCGAUUCACAAAUAGUACAAACUUGACUGAACACAGAAGAAUCCACACUGGAGAGUAGCUUAAACUUUUUUGAAAGGACGCAUCCAGCUGGAUUACGGAGAACACACGAGGGGAAGUACGAGUAAGCAAGACAGUACUACUCUUUAAAAAAAGUAAAGUUGUGCAAAAGAAUGACUUUUAAUGUUGCUCACAGACAUGAUGAUGAGAUGUUUGCAGUGUUUGUUUCAUUUAUCACAUGUAUGAAAACACUUUUCUUCUUUAAUAAACACACAAAAGGGGUUCACAUGGGUUUGA